AAACCGUGAUGGGUUGUACUUUUAAAGAAGGCUCCAAAAAUGAAAUACUGAGAUCACCCACCUCGGCCGUUGAAUCGAGUGCACAUUUUUAUCAUCAUAUCUCAUCCCAAAUCUGAUUUUUAUUACAAUAAAAGAAGCUGCUGUUUCCAUUCGAUAAACAAGUGGUUGCUUCAAACUUCAAAUCUCAAAAUUAAUACUGCCACCGAACUGGAAUCUGUUGCCCAAAUUUUCGAUUCAGUUCAUCCCGCAUUCUCGCCCAGGAAGGCAAAAAGUUGCUUCCAGAACCUCCAAGACUGCAAACACGCAGUUGGGAUAGUAGCUGUAUAAGAAUCAGAGAGAAAGAUUCAGAUACAUAAGAACAGAACCACUAAGGAACCGAAGACCAAUGGGAGAUGGAAACAACAGCAGUAGAGGGGGAGGAAGCGGCGCUAGUAGGCCGGAGUGGCUGCAACAAUACGAUCUCUUAGGUAAAAUCGGUGAAGGAACGUAUGGACUGGUGUUUUUGGCUAAGCUCAAAUCUAGCGGCAACAAACCCAUCGCUAUUAAGAAGUUCAAGCAGUCCAAGGACGGGGAUGGUGUAUCCCCCACUGCCAUUCGCGAAAUCAUGUUGCUCCGGGAGAUAUCCCAUGAAAAUGUUAUAAAACUGGUGAAUGUGCACAUCAACUUUGUAGAUAUGUCAUUAUACCUAGCUUUUGACUAUGCUGAGCAUGAUCUUUAUGAAAUAAUCAGACAUCAUCGAGACAAGGUCAACCAGCCAAUAAAUACUUACACCGUUAAGUCCUUGUUGUGGCAGCUGCUUAAUGGUUUGAACUAUCUUCACAGUAACUGGAUCGUUCACAGAGAUCUAAAGCCAUCAAACAUCCUGGUCAUGGGAGAGGGGGAAGAACAAGGAGUUUUAAAAAUUGCUGAUUUUGGUCUAGCAAGAAUUUACCAGGCUCCACUAAAGCCACUUUCUGAAAAUGGGGUUGUAGUGACAAUUUGGUAUCGCGCACCUGAGUUACUCCUUGGGGCAAAGCACUAUACCAGUGCAGUUGACAUGUGGGCUGUUGGCUGCAUAUUUGCUGAGCUUCUUACACUAAAGCCACUUUUUCAAGGGCAAGAAGUGAAGGUCCCACCUAAUCCAUUUCAGCUUGACCAACUUGACAAGAUAUUUAGGGUUCUAGGUCAUCCCACACAGGAAAAGUGGCCAAUACUUGUGAAUCUUCCACACUGGCAAUCUGACCAGCAACACAUUCAAGCGCACAAAUAUGACAACCCUGCACUUUACAGUGUUGUACACCUCUCUCCGAAAAAUCCAGCAUGUGAUCUCCUCUCAAAAAUGCUCGAAUAUGAUCCACACAAGCGGAUUACAGCGGCACAGGCUCUUGAACACGAUUACUUCCGAGUGGAACCUCUACCAGGCCGCAAUGCACUUGUGCCCAUGCAACCUGGAGAAAAAGUUGUCAACUAUCCAAUUCGUCCUGUGGACACAAAUACGGAGUUUGAAGGAACAAGUAACAUUCAACAUCAGCAAGUAUCUGCUGUUCAUGGUGGUGGUAUACAAGGCCCUCAUGUAAUGACCACUAGAUCUGUACCCCGUCCAAUGCAUGUGGUCAACAUGCAACGAAUGCAACAACAGCAGGGAAUGCCCCCUUAUAAUCUUGCUUCUCAGGCCGGGAUGGGUGGUACGAUGAACCCCGGCAACAUGCGAGGUGUUGCCGCACAGGCUCAUCCACAACAGAUGAGAAGAAAGGACCAAGGAAUGGGAAUGACUGGAUUCCCUCCCCAACAGAAAAGACGCUUCUGAGGUGGAAGAAGAAUACUACAUUCAAUUUGCCUGAAUUUUGAACGAGAGCACCCAUUUAUAUGCCCUAACUCCCAAAGAAAUGGGCGACUUGGCUCCAAUGGUGUCGGUGGAAAUUCACAUUCCGGCGUCGACUCUCUCUCACCCCAUGCAACCUAUGCACUGCAGCAGAGUUGGUUGACUUCAACUGCAAUUUUGGGAUUCUGUCGAUUGAUUAGUUAACCAAUUAGUUCCAUCCAUUAUUAGGUGACAUGUACUUUAUGUAUAUAAAUACACCCCCCAGCAACACACCUCGUAUUUGUAUAUGUAUUGUAAUGGAAGGCAACAUCGU